AUGUUGUGGGUGAAGGAAGUUCAAUCUGAACUUGAUCCUGAUUGGGAAACUAAGUACCGUAGGUUAGGGCCUACCAGAAAUGAAGCUGGGGUGAUUGUUGUCGGUCAGCGUAUCCCUAAAUGGUUAAAGAAUAACUAUGAUCAGGACGGAUUUAUUUUGCUUUCUCCUGAUCAUGACUUUACUAAGUUGUAUGUGGAAUCUAUGCAUCGUCUGGACCAUGCUGGCAUUGAAGUAACUUUAGCCAAGAUUCAAUCCAAGUUUUGGGUACCAAAGGUCCGGAACAUGAUCAAAUCUGUGAGGUACAAAUGCAUCACCUGUCGCAAACUGAGGAAAGAAAUAGUUGGUCAACUUAUGGGACAGCUGCCAGAAGAACGCCUCAAACCAUCUCCUCCGUUUACCUACACUGCCCUAGAUUUGUACGGCCCCCUUUUAGUUAAAGAUAUGGUCAAGGGUCGCUCAAGAGGUAAAGCUUACGGUGUAAUCUUCAACUGUUUGGCCACUCGUGCUGUUCAUCUGGAUCUAAUUGAAGGGUAUAGCACUAAGGAUUUCCUUGAUGGACUUAGAAGAUUCGUAUCUAUCCGAGGAUGUCCGCGUGAAAUUUAUUCAGAUGCUGGUACUCAACUGACUGCCGCCAGUAAAGGAUUGAUAGAUCUGUCCAGGUUAAGUUCUGAUGACAUACAAGAUUUUGCUUGCAAUAAAGGGGGAGAGGUUAAAUGGGUUUUCAAUGCAUCAGCAGACGCACCAUGGCAAAACGGUGCUAGUGAAAGUCUAAUCAAAUCCCUUAAGAGAAGUCUGACUGUGGCUAUCGGUGAUAAUGUAUUAACCUUCAGUAAAUUACAGACAACCCUUUUUGAGAUUUCAAAUAUACUAAAUGAAAGACCUAUAGGUAUAAAGCCAGGAUGUGAUCCAGAACUUGGAAAAUACCUUUGCCCUAACGACCUCCUCCUUGGACGUACCUCUAACAAAGCUCCAAAGGGUGUCUUUGAGCACUUUCCUAGUCAUGAAUCUCGAUUGCAGUUCCACCAGCGCAUUGUAGAUUCAUUUUGGAAAAAUGGACUAGGAUUUUUUCCCACUCUUCUGAUUCGUCAAAAGUGGCACAUUGAGCGCCGUAAUUUACAGAUCGGUGAUAUUGUGUUGUUUCAGGACAGCAAUAUUGUACGGGGGACGUGGAAGUUUGCUGAGGUUGCAGUAGCAAAUGAAAGCAAAGAUGGUAAGGUACGAAAUGUUACUCUUAGGUAUAAACCCCAGAGAGGUGGUGUUAGGUAUAAGGGUGAAAAGAUAUACUUGUAA